AUGUAUGAUCUUUGCCACCGUGUCACUGGUGCUUUAGAUAAGUUGAAGCAGAUACUUGAGAUAUACAUUACGAGAGAGGGGCGUGCUGCUAUUGAACAAAUUGCUCAAAAUGCAAUGAGUGACCCAAAAUAUUAUAUAACAACAAUUCUUCAACUUUAUGAUGUUUAUAAUAAUUUGGCUAAUAAAGCAUUUAAAUUAGACCAUGGAUUUGUUGAGGCAAUGGAUAGAGCAUUUACUCGUUUUGUUAAUGAAAAUGAAAUUACUCGUUUGGCAAAAAGUGCUUCGAAAUCUCCACAACUUUUGGUUUUAUAUUGCGAUCAAUUGUUGCGUAAAAAUGCAAAGAAUGUUGAAGAUGAAAGAAUGGAUGAAUAUUUGGAGCAAGUGAUGACUGUUUUUAAAUAUAUUGAAGAUAAAGAUAUGUUUCAGGCAUUUUUCCAUAAAAUGCUUUGUAAACGUCUUGUUACAGAAGCAAGUGCUAGUGAGGAAGCUGAGCGUUCAAUGAUUGCUAAACUUAAACAUAUGUGUGGAUUUGAAUAUACAAGUAAAUUGGAGCGACUUUUGACUGAUGUUGCAUUGAGUAGAGACAAUUCUGACAUUUUUAGAAAGCAAGCUACAAGACGGGAGGUUGAUUUUUCGGUUAUUGUCGUUAUGUCUAAUGUUUGGCCUCUUACUCAACCAAUUUUAUUUGAGAUUCCCUCUCCGUUAAUGAAUUGUAUUGAAGAUUUUACGAGAUAUUAUUCUGGAAAAUACACAGGUCGAAAAUUAAAUUGGGUUUUGCAAAUGUCUCGUGGUGAAUGUAAUACUCAACAAAUUUCUUUAUUAAUGCUUUUUAAUGAAAGAAAUGUUUAUAAACAAUCUGAUUUGGAAACUAUUUUAAAAUUACCAAAAGACCAAUUAAUUCCAGCUUUGCAUUCUUUACUUAAAGUUGGAUUACUUUUAAAUGUUAGUGGGAAUGAUAAAUCUGUCCCGUCAAAAAAAUCAAGUACUGAUGAAGCUGAUAAUAAAAAUGAUGAUAAAGAAUUACAAUUAAAUAAUGGAUUUACAAAUAAAAAACUUAAAGUUGAUUUAAUUCGAGCAAUGGUUUCAGCAAAAGAACAGAAGAAGGAUAAUGAAGAAGUACAGAAAUGUGUUGAUGAAGAUAGAAAAAUUGUUAUUCAAGCUGCAAUUGUACGUAUAAUGAAGAUGCGAAAGACUUUAAAACAUCAACAAUUAGUUGGAGAAGUACUUAACCAAUUAACUGCUCGAUUUCAGCCAAAGGUGCCUUUAGUUAAGAAAUGUAUUGAUAUGUUAAUUGAAAAGGAAUAUUUAAAACGUGGUGAAAAUGAGCGUGACUCAUACGAGUAUUUGGCUUGA